GAGUUGUUGCAGCGGCGCGUGAAGAAAGCCAACCUCACGAUCAAGAGGCUUCAGAAAGAGAACAAGAACCUCAAGCGCAAGGUCGGCCGCUUGACGGCCAACCCCCAGCAACAACAGAAGCCUCAGCACAAGGUAUCGAAAGCUCGUUUGCCAUACUCGGUGUCGAACAAUUCGCACAUCGUCGUGGACGAGAAGGGGAUCGUCCACCAGUACAUGUGCCGCAAGGCGGGAGUGCUGUUCCAGUUCCCAUAA